AUGCCUAUCUAUCACAUCGUCCUGUUCAAACUCAAACCCGGGGUAACACCUGUCCAACUCUCAAACUUGGGUGUUAAAGCGAGAGCCAUGGUCGGCCAGGUCCCAGGCCUGCGGAAGCUCGAAGUGAAUACACCGUUGGCAUCGACUGCGCACAGAAGUCAGGGAUUCAACUGUGGGCUAGUCGCGAUCCUGGACAAGGCCGAGGAUGUAAAGGUCUACGCUGAGCACCCUGCUCACCUGGAAGUCCACAAGUUGAGGGAGGAGCUCUGCGACGAUACAUUGGCAUAUGACCUCGAGUUUGCAGAAUGA